AGGGCCAGGAUCCAAGCUUCUCGUCUCCCAGUGCAGUGCCUUCCACAGAGCUCUUCUUUUGGGUUCUUGCCCUCUGUCCUUCCGCAUGGCUCAUGACCAGUUCCAGGCUCGACGAGGCCAGGACGUGUCAUCCUAGAAUCAGCAGUCUCUGCUGAGGGGCUCUGGCCCAGGUGGGCUGUCAAGUUCCAGGCAUUCAGGGGAAGGGAUGACCUCCCACACUGGAACAUCCCACUCAGGCGGGUCAUUCGAGUCUCCUGUGGCAGGCAACGUGGAGCCCAGCUGUAGGGACCCCCUCUGGGAGAGCCCCAUGAGGGCAGGAGAGUGAUGGAGAGUACGCCCAGCUUCCUGAAGGACAGCCCAGCCUGGGAGAAGACAGCCCCUGAGAAUGGCAUCGUGGGACCAGAGCCGGAUACCCCACCACAAGAUGGCCUGAGCCCUGCAGCACUGUGCCUGGGAGAGCCUGCUCCCUUCUGGAGGGGUGUCCUGAGCACCCCAGGCUCCUGGCUCCCCCUUGGCUUCCCCCAGAUCCCCAAGGACACGCUCCCAUUGGUGGAGGGCAAAGGUCCCCGGAACGGGGAGAGGAAGGCUAGCUGCUCAGGCAGCAAGGGGGCGCUGCGCUGGAAGGAGGCUAUGCUUACCCAUCCACUGGCGUUCCGUGGGUCAGCGUGCCCGCCUUGCUACGGCCCACUGAUUCCUGAGCAUAACGGUGGCCCUCCCAAGAGUGACCCUGUGGCCUUCCGACCCUUGCACUGCCCCUUUCUUCUGGAGACCAAGAUCCUUGAGCAAGCCCCCUUCUGGGUGCCCAGCUGCCUGCCACCCUACCUAGUGUCCAGCCUGCCCGCAGAGCGUCCAUGUGACUGGCCCCUGACCCCACACCCCUGGGGGUGCUCCGGAGUCCAGCCCAAAGUGCCCUCUGCCUUCGGAUUAGGCAGCAAGGGUUUUUACCGCAAGGAUCCCAGCAUUCUCAGGCUGGCCAAGGAGCCACUGGCAACUGUGGAACCCGGGUUGUUGGGCUCAGCGCCUGGGGGGCAUCUCCAGAGAACUGGGGAGGUGGAACGCCCUUCACUCCACCAGAGAGAUGGAGAGACAGGAGUCGGCAGGCAUCAGGAUCUUUGCCCCCGUGUCCUGGGGCAUCCAGACACUGUUCCCCCGACCCCGUGGCCCACUUGUUCCCCAGGCCUGGUUCAUGGCAAUGUCUGGGCUGUACCGGGAGGCGGGAGCUUUGGGUACCAGCUGGGGCCGUCGGCCACAUCAAGGUGCCCCUCUCCUGGGCCUCCUACCACGCAGGUGGACUGUUGCUCACUUCACCCACCAGCUAGAGAUGGAGGUGUUGGCCCUUGUGGGAAGUACCAGGAGGACCUGGAGGGGGGCACCAGUGGGCCGAGUGAGUCCAGCGAGGAAGUAAACAAGGCCCCUGGUCCCAGGGCCUGCCCGCCCAGCCAUCACACCAAGCUGAAGAAGACGUGGCUCACACGACACUCUGAGCAGUUUGGGUGCCCAGACAGCUGCUCUGGGGAGGAGGAAAGCCCAGCGGCCCAGCUGCGUGCCCUCAAGAGGGCGAGCAGCCCCGAGGUCCAGGGAGCAGUGGGCAGCCCAGCUGCUAAGCGCCCGUCCGGCCCUUUCCCGGGCAGUGCGGGGCAGGGGGCCAGAGGUUGGCAGGAGCUGCUGGACUCAUCAUUUGGGAACAAGGCAGAGGCAGAACAGCAUGAUGACCACAGAGGACCCCGAGACAUCAGGGCCAGCCUCCAGGACCCAGGGCUGCAGGAUACACCUUGCGCGGCUCCCCCGGCAGGCAUGACUCAGUGCCAAAGCUGUGCCCAGGCAGCUGGUGAGGCGGGAGGGCUGGCCUGCCACUCCCAGCCAGUGCCCAGAUUGCCUCUGGGAGGGGAGCAGCGGCAGGAGGAAGACUCGGCAGCCAGCUCCGAGGGAGGAGGGUCUGGCCCGGAGGAGGCCGGGCUCAGCAUGGGCCUCGCCAAGCACCUGCUAAGUGCUCUGGGAGACCGACUGUGCCGCGUGCUGCGGAGGGAGCGGGAGGUCUUGGCCUGGGCCCAGCGGGAAGCAGGCCAGGGGCCAGCCGGGACAGAGGACAACCCAGGCAUUCCACGUUGCUGUAGCCGCUGCCACCAUGGACUCUUCAACACCCACUGGCGAUGCCCCUGCUGCAGCCACCGGCUGUGUGUGGCCUGUGGUCGCAUGGCGGGCGCUUGGAGGACCAGGGAGAAAGAAGGCUCUCAGGAACAGUCCAUGGAGAAGUGUACCCAGGAGGCUGGGCACAGUGCCUGUUCCCUGAUGCUCACCCAGUUUGUCUCCAGCCAGGCUAUGGCGGAAUUGAGCACUGCAAUGCACCAGGUCUGGGUCAAGUUUGACAUCCGGGGGCACUGCGCCUGCCAAGCUGAUGCCCGGAUGUGGACCCCUGGGGAUGGGGGCCAGCAGAAGGAGCCGACGGAGAAAACUCCCCCAACUCCACAACCUUCCUGCAACAGGGAUACCAACAGGACCAAGGACAUUAAAGAGGAGACCCCAGACUCCAGAGAGACCCCGGCAGAGGACCGUGCUGGCCAAGGGCCCCUGCCUUGUCCCUCUCUCUGUGAACUACUGGCCUCCACUGCUGUCAAACUCUGCUUGGGGCACGAACGGAUACACAUGGCCUUCGCUCCUGUCACUCCGGCCCUGCCCAGCGACGACCGCAUCACCAACAUCCUGGACAGCAUCAUCGCGCAGGUAGUGGAACGGAAGAUUCAGGAGAGAGCCCUGGGGCCGGGGCUGCGGGCUGGGCCGGGCCUGCACCUCUCACCGGUGCGGUCCCGGCUGCCUCCCCCCGGGGCUUUGCUGUGGCUGCAGGAGCCCAGGCCUCCGCGAGGCUUCCACCUCUUCCAGGAGCACUGGAGGCAGGGCCAGCCCGUGUUGGUGUCAGGGAUUCAGGGGACAUUGCAAGGCCACCUGUGGGGGACAGAAGCCCUAGGGACGCUUGGAGGCCAGGUGCAGGAACUGACCCCCCUCAGACCUCCCCAGCCCGCAAGCCUGGGCAGCACAACGUUCUGGGAGGGAUUCUCCCGGCCUGAGAUUCGCCCAAAGUCAGAUGAAGGCUCAGUCUUCCUGCUGCACAGAGCUCUGGGGGACGAGGACACCAGCAGGGUGGAGAGCCUGGCUGCCAGCCUGCCACUCCCAGAGUACUGUGCGCGCCAUGGGAAACUCAACCUGGCCUCCUACCUCCCUUGGGGCUCUGUCCUGCGACCACUGGAGCCCCAGCUGUGGGCGGCCUAUGGUGUGAGCCCACAGUGUGGGCACCUGGGGACCAAGAACCUCUGUGUGGAGGUGACCGACCUGGUCAGUGUCCUGGUACGUGCUGAAGCCCCACUGCCUGCCUGGCACCGGACACAGAAAGAUUUCCUCUCAGCCCUGGACGGGGAGGGGCUCUGGUCUCCGGGCAGCCAGGUCAGCACCGUGUGGCACGUGUUCCGGGCACAGGACGCCCAGCGCAUCCGCCGCUUCCUCCAGAUGGUGAGGAGGGAGCCGGGAGCUCUCCCCUUCCCCUUCCAGCCCCAGAAGCUCUCCCUCUGUGUGUGUGCCCCGUGUGCUCGCUCCCUUGCCUCAGGUGUGCCCGGCCGGGGCUGGAAACUUGGAGCCUGGCACCCCGGGCAGCUGCUACCUGGACGCAGGGCUGCGGCGGCGCCUGCGGGAGGAGUGGGGUGUGAGCUGCUGGACUCUGCUGCAGGCCCCUGGAGAGGCCGUGCUGGUGCCCGCGGGGGCUCCCCACCAGGUGCAGGGGCUGGUCAGCACAGUGAGUGUCACUCAGCACUUCCUGUCCCCCGAGACCUCUGCCCUCUCUGCUCAGCUCUGCCACCAGGGGCCCAGCCUGCCCCCUGACUGCCGCCUGCUUUAUGCCCAGAUGGACUGGGCUGUGUUCCAAGCAGUGAAGUUGGCUGUGGGAACAUUGCAAGAGGCUAAAUAGGGGGAUCCCAGGUGUCUGGGGUUAGGGGUUGGGAGCAGGCAGACCAGUGCUUAGCCCAGGCCCAGCUUCAGCAGAGAACGGGGACUUCCGCUCAAUCCUGCAAGCAGCACUCUGGACACAAGCAGGGCACCCCGUUCCCUGCGCCUGCCCUGGGCCCUAAGGCCGACAAGCACAGUGCCACUGAAGCUCGCACCUGCCCAUUGCAGGCUGGCGCUUGCUCCGGCCCCAGCUCCUCUCCACGGUGCCAGACUCACACUGGGGGUGACCGUCUCCCUCCAACCCCUGCCCGCCAACCCAGGAGACGAAGAGCCCUUCCUUGGGGUCCUCGGAAAUCAUUCUGGCUUAAGCAACACCUGCUGCUGCUGCUGCUUCAUCUCCUGCUGUCUCACCUGUGCCCGAGUUCUGCUUAUACCCCCCCACAUCCUCCUGGGCUCCCGGGUGGCCCUUUGCACUGCAGGCGUGCUGGACAAGGGCCACCGACAUCCUGCCCUUUUGCCAGAGAGCUGUGAAGUGUGGGGAGGGGGCGGUAUCAGGCCACUACCCAGGCUUGGCUGGAGGGGCUGAUAUGGGCGAAGUCCCAUCCCUGCACCCUCCUCUCGCCUCCUUCCUUCUUGAUUUCCAUUAAAGGCUGUUGUUUUGUGAA